CGCGCACCUUCUAACGGUGAGGGUGAAUAAUUUCGCGGUAUUAUUUGCCAUCAAUAGACUUCAUACAGCUGAUAAUAACAGUAUAAACGCACACAUUUAAAAAUACAUGUAUAUACAUACACAUACAUUCAUGUAUAUGUAUGUAUGAAUGUGUAUAUAUAUAUACAUUCCACGCUUUAUACCUUUUAUAGCAUACUCUAAAGACUCGUGAGUCUCUCGUGCUGCACUUCACAACUCUUAGUCGAGACUGACCUCGAUAAGUGAGCUGGUGAAGUGGACGGUUAUAAGAGACUUGAGAGAGUAAAAUAAAAAAAAAAAAAAAAAAAAAGGAGAUACGCAAGUCGAUGCUUGUAACGGAUGAGGAGCUUUGUUGCGGCUUUUAGUAUCGUACAGGUUCCUAACUAAGCGUCAGCGCGGUGGAAGUGAAAAAAGUACGUCAAAAAGUUGGGGCAACGAGACGUACUAUAUAUCAGUUAAAAAAAAAAAAGAGGUUAAAGCAACGUACAAUGUGAAAAAAUAUUUGUCCGGCAAGAACAAGGCCCGGAAACACGAGAAGAUUAGACGAAAAUCACGAACACGUGGCAAGACGUGAAGCGGGCUUUUAGCCUGCUCUGUGUUAAAACAUUUCCCGACAGCAACACAAUGUUGGAGGCACCUCCUGGCAGUCGGGAAGAUCUCGUUGAGGCAGCAAGGACACCAUGCACACCUACAGAUCUGGACACUAUGCUCUAUGGCUACACCAACGGCAUAUACGUACUAGAUCAUACGCCUGAGUCCAUGCCGGAUAUGGAUAUGCUGCAACUAUUUGCGUCACCAGCAGGCCGAGCUUUAGUGGCUGAAGAUAAUCACAGUCGACGGCGUGGCGGGACAUCAACUUCCUCAUUAUCCAGAGAAUCCUCGCGAUUAAAAAAUUCACGUAGACUCAGUACGACAAUAACCAGUCUCAGUACUCAACCAUCUGGUACACCAAGUCCACCUCCUAGACAACGAAAAUCCAGUGCAGAGCUUUAUAAAGAAGCCGUUGAAAUUCUAGGCCUCACGUGUUCGCUCACCGACAGCUGCCGAUGCAUCGAUUGUCAAAGCAAUUACUUUGACUGUGACGACGAUUGCGGCGAUGCAAGAACCGAAUUGGCAGCAGGUACACCGAUACUUCUGGAUCACGCUUUGUCCCAUCCACUUACGUGCUCCAUACAGUAGUAAAGACCAGUAACACGCGAGACGUAGCCUGGAGUCUCGAUCGAUCUGUCAAAGGUCUAGUCUCUUUGCGGAUACGAACGUGCUACCUAGCGCCUCAAAGAAAUCACCCAAGAAAAACUCUCGCUUUCUCUUAUUCUGUUAUAUAUAUAUUUAUAUAUACUUUUUUUUCUUUUCUUCAUUCUAUUAUCUACCACACAUUUUUUAUUUCGUCUUCUCACCUUCAACUCAUUCUCCUUUAUUUUCUUUAUCCUCAAUAACGGUUCUCACAUAUACGUGCGUCAACCAAGGAUCCUUACAAUAAAAUAAACCAAGCAAUCGUGAGCUCAGUAACAAAGAAAAAAAAAUAAAAUAAAUGAAAGUAAUAAGAGGAUGAAUUAUGAGACGAAAAAUAAAAAAAAAAAGUUAAGAAAUUUAAAAGCAAACAUAAAUAUAUAUUUAAAAAAACAUCAUAAAUUUUCUAAUAUAAACAAUAAAUAUAUAUGGCCUAUUUACAUAGAUUUUAAUCAUUUUUAUUUUAGCAAAUAAAAAAAAAAAGAUAGAAUUAAUUUUCAAUUUUAUUGUCUAAUACUUAAAAAAAAACUCGAGCAACUCAAUGGAAUUAUGUAUUUUAAUUUUAUUUCAACAUUUUUUAUUCAUCUUGCAUAAUAAUUUUGUACAUAUAUAGAUAUAUAGUAUCAAGAGAAGCGAAUAUGAGGACACAGUAAUUGCAUUAAAAAUAGAUAUUCACUUUUUAUUUUUUUCUUCUCAUUUUCCUUGGUUGAAAAAAAAAAUGGAAAAAAACUUAAAACCACUUUCGUAUGACGAUGAAGCGUGCCAAAAUUACUUUUAAAAGUAAAACGAAAAAAAAUGAUAACAACAAUGUGCAAGUGGUAUAUAGUGAAAAAUAAGUGAGGCGUAAUAAUAAAAAAGUAUAUUUAUGAGUAGAGAGAAAAAUUUCUAAAGUACAGUGAAUAAAAAUAAUGUCAUAACAUAAUAAUAAUAUUAAAUAAUAAUAAUAACAAUAAUGAAAAAAUAUAAAAAUUCAAGUCUCGUGCCAAAACAAAUACGCCAAAUGAACCGUUUAACACAAUGUACGAUUAGUAACGCACACGUAAACUCAAAAUCACGUACCGUUGCGUGAAUAAUGUCAACUCAUCAAUCCUACUAGUUUCUACUCUCGUGCUUUGAUCAUAUAUAUAUAUAUAUAUGUAUGGUAGAAACAUAAAUGCUAACAUUGUACAGUCGUAAUUAACGAACACUUGACCGAUAAGUGUACACGCACAUCGUAAAUAUAAAGUACGUUAAAAGUUAUUUACUACAAAUUUCACUAAUGAUUAAAAAUAACAAUAAAAAUUAAACUUAUAAUAAAAUAACUGGACACACGGAGAGAAAAGAAUAGUUAUAAUUACUAUGUAGAAUGGUAACCAUUACUAUGUUACACAGUAACGAGGAUUUUUUAGCGUCUAGAGUCACGGGAUAGAGUAAUCUCCCCAUUCUACAUGGUAACGUUGGCUAUGCUAGCAUAGGAAUUAUUACCAUUCUACAUUGACGGGAAAACUAUGUAAAUGGAUAUGACUACAAUUUUACCUAGCAACAUUCACGAUGUUUUAUUUAUUUUAUACUUAGUAAACAAGGUUGCCUGAUUAAACAACUGAAUUCGAUCGAAUUAAACAGAAUUGAAUUUUUAAUUCUAUUUAAUUCAAAUAAAUUCUGUUAAUUCGGUACCUAACUUAAAAAUGAAUUCUGUCUAAUUCGGCAGGAAAACCAGAAUUUGUCCAAAUUAAAACGAAUUAAAAUAAUUCUAUUUGGUUUAAGUCUGAUUAAUUCGAAAAUAAUUCUCCAAUUUCUGGUUCUGAAUCCGAAUUGAACUGAAUUAAAACGAAUUUGAAAUUUUUAAAUCGGUUUUAUUCUGUUUAAUUCAAAUUCAAAUUUUCAAUUCAGUUGAAUUCUGUUUUGCGGAAUUCGACAGAAGAUAGCAGAGUUAAAAAUUUUAAUUCGGUCGAAUUCAGUUGUUUAAUCAGGGUUAUGAAGAAAUAAAUAACUCAAGUUAUUUUAAAUAUAUGUAAAAAUUGAAUUAGUCUAUUGAAAUAAUUAAAAUGCUGCUCAUAAUGAAAUAUCAUUUUUUAAUAAAGAAUAGAGAAUAAUUUUAAAAAUUAGAAUAUAUAGUAAAAAAUAAUUUAUUUGCUUCGUUUGUUUACUUCGUUGUCUUAUAUAUAUUUAUUUAACGCAUGCCUGAUUAUCGCGACUUAUCAUAUCUGCAAAGCAAACCCUAAAUGACCGUUUACCGAUCGGUGGUUAAUAAUUUGUCAAAAAGCAAAUGGCGUCCCAUAUUCCUCAACAGCAUGUGGUUAUGGGGUCAUAAACAACCGCAUUUGAAUCCAUAAGCACAUGCCUCAAAAGUCAUUAUCGACCGUUCUCAAAAACAAACUCUACCAUUAUCACUUAAGCAAAUAAUCUCGACACUAAAUAUAUUCAGAAUGAGUAGUACAAUCAAUCUAACAACUUUGAUGUCAGUGUCUACGUAUGAAUACGUUGGUUAUUUUUUUAUUAAUUAAAAUAAAUAAGAAAUGAGUGGUGAGAGAAGUUAAGAACUAGUAUCAUAUAGAUCCCCACCUGAUUUAGGGUUUAUUUUGCUGACAUAAUAAUUCGUAAAAAUCAGACAAUUGUUGAAUAAAGUAUAGUGCAUAGCACGUAGGUUAAGUCUUUAUCCGUCAAACACAAUGUUCUUAGUACUCGUCUCCGAUGCACACUGAGCACACACUGGCGCUCGUGUAUGUGCACCUACGACUCGUGUUAAAAACAUUGUGCUUCCCGGAUAAAGAAUCACCUAACCCACUUGCUAUGCAAUGUACUAUUAUUAAACUGUAAUGAUAGCUAUUCAAGCAUGGGACUGAGUACAGUGGAGUCUCUCUAACUUUGACUGAGACGAAACCGAAAUUCCAGGAAUUAAAAUUGUAGAAGUACCCCUUCUUUUUACUAGAAGGCGUGACUUAAAAAAGAGUGAGUCAGUCAAAACGACCCGCGAGUUUUUGAAUUUUAAAGGUUAGGUUUUACUAAAAUUAAUAUGUCAAUUUUAUUGUUGUUAAACUUCUUAAAUAAAAUAUCAAUUUUUCCAGUGAACCUCAUUUUUCAUCAAGUAAUAAGUGUUUUUAUUUUUUUAAAAUGAUUUUUGCAAUAUGGAAGCUUAUUUAACUUAAAUGUCGAUUUACGCAUAUGAAUUUAGGGUUAGAAUACUUAGUUUACGCGCAACGCCUAUACGCAAAACCGCGCUUUACUUUUGCGCAUGUACAGUUGAGUGACAGAGUGGGAGAACACUUCCCCUGCUGUCGAAGGAGAAAUGAAGGGAAGUCAAAGUUAGAGAACGAAAAAGUUAGAGAGACUCCACUGUAGCAUUUUACAUAGCCCUGAUUCCCAUGCUAGAUAGCGAUUUUUACCAUUUUACUUGUUUCAAUGUAACGUAGUUAUCAUUAGCAGAAAAAUGCUAAUGAAUCCUAUUCUACAUAACAAUAUUUAUCAUUUUACAAAAAAUGAGUCUGGUUACUAUGUAGAAUGGUAAUCAUUACUAUUCUUUUCUCCCCGUGCACAAUAAUUUAACUGUAUUGAUAAAAAUGUAAUUGAUAAAAUUAUUUCAAUAAUAGUUAUUAUUAUUAUUGUUAUUACAUUAUAUCGUGAGAGAGAAUGUUUUUUAUCGAUACUGUCUGUCCUAAUUCUACUCUUAAGCCGAAAUAAAAUGGAUAAAGCUAUAAUUAUACUAGUAUUAAUUCAUUGUAAUAAAUAUAUUUAAAGUAAAUAAUUAUUUGAUAAUCGUACAAUAAUAGUUGGUAUUAUUAUCAUUUAAAUUGUAUGCAAAGUUUAGUAUACUAACAUUUAAUAAAUUAGGAAUAAAUAAAACGAAGUUUAUUGGCCUGAGGCACCAGCACUUACUAAAUAUACUUUUUACGAGAAUGAUUUUAUUGAUGGUAAAUUUAUUAAUUAUGUUAUCAAUUACUUAUUGAAUGGCAAGCGAUCAUUAAUGUUAAGUAAAUUAUUACAAUAAUUUCUUUUUUUUAUAUUUUUUCAAGAAGAAUAUUUUAAGAACCUCUCAUUUAUUUCAUCACUUUACGGAAAUGUUGCAUGUUUGAUUGUUUUAUUAAUUUUUAUAUAUUUUCGUGACAUCACUAAAAAUAAUUUAUUGACAGUUAUAAAUAAUUAAUCAUCUUUUAAAUCAUUAAUAAUUUAUAUUCGAACAAUAUUGGGAUUUGAUAAAUUUGAGUUAUGAAUUAUUUAUUUUUAACAUCCGUUUUGUCACUGAACCACUGGAAUUAUCGAAAUUAAAGGAGAAUCCUCUUAUACUUAAUGGAAAAUUUAAUUUUUUAGUGACUCUUCCGAGAAUAAGCAUGCAAUAUAUUUUAUGAAAAAUUUCAGACUUUUAGAGGAUAUUAUUGAGGUUUAUAGCCAAGGGCGCCAUGUUAAAAAAAAUGUAGUCAAUAAUUCAAAACAUGAUAUACAGAACGAUCAAUUAUUUUUAAGUAAAUAUGAGCGAUAAAUUAUUUAAAUGCUUUCAGCACGAGUAUAAUUUUACUUAAUUCUUAAAUAAUUUUCCGAGACAUUUCAAAAUUAUUAAUUCUCAUUAAUAAAUCGAUGUAUUAAUUAAAACAGAACAUAAAUUAUUUAAAUAAAGAGCACGAUUAUUUAAAUUAAGAACACGAGUAUUAAAACGUUGAGUGUCUAUAUAUUAGACUGGGCCAAAAAAAUCGACGAUUUUUUUUUUUUUUCGAUACUGUGAAAAUAUUAUUUCGGAUGACCAAAAAAAAUUAUUGUGCAAGUUUGAGCCCUUAAUGUUGAUAUUGAGAGGUGUAUCGUUACGACUAUUAGUUUUUUGACAGAAAUUUCAUUUUUUACCCAAAGCUCGUAAAUCAUCUAUCUGAAAAAUUUGAGCAAUGUAUAUUCUUAAAGGAAAUUGAAUUCCUUACAAAAAAUCUCUCUUAGUAAAUUGACAUAAAACGAGCCGUUUCUUUGUAACCGUGCCUUGAACAUUGAUUUGUUUUUUAAAUUCUUUGUUUCUAUUAUAGAUUUUUGUAACUACUAGAAAUAUUCAAAUUUUUUUUAGUUAAGAUACAAAUUUUUGAAGGAAAUUUAAUGCUCUACAAAAAAGGUCUCUUAACAUUUUUUGCUAAAUUCACUCCUUUAAAAGUUAUUCAAGGUUGAAGUUGAGUCAAAACGACUUCAAUAACUUUUAAGGGAGUUUACAAGAAAACGGCUCGUUUUACGUCAAUUUACUAAGAGAGAUUUUUUGUAAGGAAUUCAAUUUCCUUUAAUAAUGUACGUUGCUCAAAUUUUUGAGAUAGAUAAUUUAUGAGUUUUGGGUAAAAAAUGAAAUUUCUGUCAAAAAACUAAAAGUCGUAACGAUACACCUCUUAAUAUCAAUAUUAAGGGCUCAAACUUGCCCAAUAAUUUUUUUUUGUCAUCAGGAAUAAUAUUUUCACAGUAUCGAAAAAAAUAAAAAAUAGUCGAUUUUUUUGGCCCAGUCUAAUAUAUAUAUUAGGGUACUCCAUUUGAAACGAAUAUUUUAUUUUUCGUUCCCCGAAAAUGUUCUUUUACACGUAAAAAUAAAAAUUCAGUUCAAUUUUGAGCUCUUAACUUCAAUUUUAAGACCUGAAACAACGUCGUUGAAGUUUUUCCAUAAUAAAACUAUGUAAAUCUCGAUUUUUUUCUUUUCAUUGAAUAAAACUCAGCCUCAUAUUAACGUAUCUUAUAUUGGUUUAAAGUUUUAUUUGAAGAGAACUGUAUGCUCUUUGAAAAAGUCUGCAUACAGUUGCCCCACAUUGAAUUUUUUUGAAUAAUUGAUAAGUAUAUUUUUAAUUCUCAUAUACAUUUAUAACGAAAACUUAGUCAUCUCAAUAUUUGAUUUGGCUCAAAGUCAUAAAUUUCGACUAAAGUAUUUAAAUAAAAUAAAUAAAAAAUUACACCCGACGUGAUAAUUCAAAUUAUUAUUUAUUAAUCACAAUGAACUUGUAUUAAUUUUUCAAUAACCAAUCAAUUAUUAUUUAUAAUUGAUUUUUUACUUAUCUGAUUUUAAUAUAUAAAAUAGUAUCUGUAAUCUUAAUUUUCCAUAUGAAAACAAAGUCAUUAGAUGACAUUGCAGCGAAAGUUUUAGUAACUUUUUUGUUAAGAUAAAUUUUUAAAAACUCAUUCAUUUUGAAAUACAAAACUCCAAUAUAAUGUCCCAAGUGUUCCAUUUAAACUCAAUGUCUUAUUUUACUAGUUUUCUCUAUGCCAUUGCAAUUAUUAAUCAUCCAGAAAUUGAUCCCUCGUGACCAGACUACCGGACUCAUGUCGAUAUUUCGUUAUGGUCAUUCAUAAAAAAAUUUUUUUCAUUAAAAAUCUUGUUAAAUUUAUUUAUAAAUUUCAUAAUAAAUAAUGGCUACUUUAUUUUUUUUUAGUUUGUUGGAAAAUUUUUUAUUGAAAAAAUAUAAACAAUAAAUAAUUCCCGAUGAUAUUUGAAUGUUUGCUUGAUACGGAAAUACUGUAGAUUCAAAAUAAAAUAAUAAUAAUAAGCCCUGGUCAUAUACAUAUAUAUAUAUCCAUAUUGUUUAUUCAUGUCACGAUUUCAAAAAAAAUAUAAAAGUUUUGUUUUUUAUUAACUUUAAAUCAAUAUCCAUUUGUCAAUAAAUUAUUUUUAAUUAAUAAACAAUUAAUUUUCAAUCGUUAAAUAUUAUUAUUAUUAAAAUUAAAACGAAAUAAAUAAUUGGUAGUAUAAUUAAAUAAUCAAUUAAAUCUUUCUCUAAAUUAGAGGACUACAAAAGCGAAUGUUAUAGUUAAAAUAAAUAUUGUUAUCUACUAUAUGUAAAUUUAUAAUUAAUAAUUAUUAUUAUUAUAGAAAAUCAAAUUAAUUGUGAUAUUAAAAUUAUUUCAUUGAUCCCAAUUUUUUUGUAUGAUUACACUGAAAGAAACGAAUAUUAUUGUCUAGAAGUUUUACUGACGCGAGCAUUCUUUAUAAUUUAUUUUUUAAUUAAUUAUAAGUCUGCUAAAAAAAUUGAUACUUAUCCCUGAUUAAAAGAAACGAUUCAAAAAAAUUUUUUUUUUAAUCUUUUUGAAUACUUUUAAAUCGACUUAAUCGACAUCGUUUUUUAAGAGGAAAUAAAAAUGAAUUAUUUUGAAUCGACGUAUAAAAAACGAUUAAAAAAAAUUGAAAACGAUUUAAUUUUUCAAAUAUUUUCGAAUACUUUUGAAUCGACAAAUAAUAGUUUAAUUUCUGGCUCGCCACGGCGAUUUAAAACAAUUCGAAACAAUUCAAUUUUUUAAAUUGUUUUAAAUAGAUUUAAAUCGACAUAUACUAUCUUCUUUUCACGGUUCCGGGUAACCCUGAUUUUAAAAAAUGAUUCAAAACAAUUCAAUUUUAAUACUAUUUAGAUGUACAUUUAUCAUUGAGUAAAUUGUUUUCUUCAUAAAGAUUAUAGUCAGGGAGAUCAACUGAUGAUUUAACUCAAAUUUAAAAUUUUUGGAAGUCGAUAAAUUUUUGAAAAUUAUUUUUUUCAAUCAAAAAAUAAUUCUUAGUAAAAUUAUUAUUUUCUUUCGGUACGUUUAUGACCAUUUACUUGAUUUCAAAUUUCGAAUAUUUUAAUUUAAAUGAAAUAAUUAUAACAUCAAGAAAUAAUAAUAUAUGUUAUCAAUAAAUUUAUUAUUUAUAUGAUAUAAAAAUAUAGCGCCAUAAAAUAACUAAUGAUAUUAGAUAAAAAAAAAAAUGAGAUGCCAUAUUACAUAAGAGAGAUAAGCUUAAAGUAGAAGUAUGAUGUCUUACUUUCCUGAUACGAGAUAUAUAUUUUUUUUUU